GGCCGUUAAAUUAAUAAGAAAAAAAGAAGAAACCCAAAUAUUUGAAGUUCAAAAUGGAAGAACGCUUUGUAAGAUUUGAAAAUUAAAAACCAGUAGAACCAUAGAGUUGGAGCCUGUUUUCACCAAUCUUAAAAGUUUAUGCAUUUCUUUUAAUCACAGAGAUGACACUUCUUAGUAGGUUUUUUUAUAGAAGACCCCCGGAUGGGUUGCUUGAAUUUGUUGAGAGAGUAUACGUUUUCGAUUCCUGCUUCUCCACUGAAGUCUUGCCUGAUGGUAUGUACCAAGUAUACCUACACGAAAUUGUGACCGAGUUACAUGAAGAGUUCCCGGAGUCAUCAUUUCUGGCUUUCAAUUUUCGUGAAGGUGAAAAACCAAGUGAUUUCGCGGAAAUUUUAUGUCAAUAUGAUGUUACUGUAUUGGACUAUCCACGGCAAUAUGAGGGUUGUCCCCUGCUCCCAUUGUCUCUAAUUCAGCAUUUUCUUCGUGUUUGUGAAAGUUGGCUUUCACUUGGGAAUCAUCAAAAUGUCGUUCUUCUACAUUGUGAAAGAGGGGGGUGGCCACUUUUGGCAUUUCUGCUAGCUAGUUUCUUGAUUUUUAAAAAACUGCACAGUGGAGAGCGCAAGACCCUUGAAAUUGUUCAUCGAGAGGCUCCCAAGGGUUUCUUGCAGCUCCUUUCACCUUUAAAUCCCUUCCCUUCUCAGCUUCGCUACCUUCAGUACGUAGCUCGAAGGAAUAUAGCUCCUGAAUGGCCUCCUCCUGAGCGUGCUCUUUCUUUAGAUUGUAUCAUUCUUCGAGCCAUUCCGAGCUUUGAUGCCCAAAAUGGAUGUAGGCCAAUUAUUCGCAUUUUUGGUAGGAACCUACAUAACAGAGAUGGCCUGUCCACGCAGAUGCUGUUCUCCAUGUCCAAGAAAAGGAAGAUGCUUCGACAUUAUCGUCAGGCAGACUGUGAUGUGAUUAAAAUUGACAUCCAGUGUUCAGUGCAAGGAGAUGUUGUAUUGGAGUGUGUCCAUUUGGAUUUGGAUCCUGAAAGGGAAGUUAUGAUGUUUCGUGUAAUGUUCAACACUGCAUUUAUUCGAUCCAACAUAUUGAUGCUGAACUCUGAGAACUUGGACAUUCUUUGGGACUCAAAGGAGCGGUUUCCAAAAGGAUUCCGAGCAGAGGUUUUGUUUGGGAAGGUUGAAAAUUCCACCCCACCUAAGGCUCCUAUAACAGUUUUGAAUGGUGAGGAGAAAGGGGGAUUACCUAUUGAAGCUUUUUCUCGUGUUCAAGAACUCUUUAGUGGUGUUGAGUGGGUUGAUAACAGUGACGAUGCUGCUUUGUGGCUACUUAAACAACUUUCUGUCUUGAGUGAUGUAAAAGAAUUGUCCAGAUUGCAGAACAAAGGAAAUUUAUACGCAUCUCCUGUUGAUUCUGAGGAGGAAAACAAUGCAUCUAGCACUGCUGAUAGUUCAGAUGAAGCAUUUGACGUGAUCAAUAAGCCUUUGGGGGAUCCAGCAAGGUUUCUGCCACCAGACGUUGAUAAAGUUCCCUUACAUUCAGAAAGUGAUAGUUUACAAGAUUUAGAUCAUGCAUCAGUUGAAGCUGUUCAGGUAGUGUCAUGUUCUGGAAUGCCAUCUCAUUCAUCUCCGCUGGAAUCUUCAGCACCUCUUGUACCCACACCACCAGCACCACCUCCGGUACCUAGUAAAAGUCUUUCUUCAGGAUUUGCACCUCCUGGACCACCACCACCACCGCCACCACCACCACCUCCUCCUCCUCCUCUACAUCUACCUUCAUCUGUUAACAUCAUUACAUCGAAGCCAUCUGCACCCCCACCUCCACCUCCACCCCCACCCCCUCCUCUUCCUGGUUUGUCCGAAAGGAAUCCUGCAAUAUCUUUGCCUGCCACUACCAAAAGAGGUCCUCCACCACCUGCACCACCUCCACCUCUUAGUUUUUCUGGUAGAGCGUUUUCAACAUCACCUGAAUCUACAAACAAUGGUCCACCUCCUCCUCCUCCUCCCCCACCCCCUUUCAACUCCUCUCAAUCGCCAUCUCCACCCCUGCCUCCACCCCUACCCCCACCCUUGCAUCCACCAUCCUUCAGCAGCAAAUCUAAAAUGCAAGAGCCAAACCAACCGCCACCACCUCCGCCACCACCUCCAAUGGUUGUCUCUACUGCUAGUUCCUCUCACAAGGGAUCUGCCCUAUCUGUCCAAUGCCAUAAUACUAUUGUCCCUCCCCCGCCUCCACCUCCGCCAAUUGCAGGACUUGCAAGGCCAGGUUCUAUUCCUCCUCCACCCCCUCCACCAAAAGCUCCUCCAGCGCCCCCUCCACCCCCUCUACCAAAAGCUCCUCCAGCGCCCCCUCCACCCCCUCCUCCAAAAGCUCCUCCACCCCCUCCACCAAAAGCCCCUCCAGCGCCCCCUCCACCCCCUCCACCGAAAGCUCCUACUGCACCCCCUCCUCCACCUCCACCGAAAGGUUCUGCGGUGCCCCCUCCACCCCCUCCACUGAAAGGUCAUGCUGUGCCCCCUCCACCUCCUCCACCGAAAGGUCCUGCUGUGCCUCCUCCACCACCAGGUGCACGGCUGCCAGGUGCAAAGGUGUCCAGUGUGCCACCACCACCACCUGCAUCAAGUGGUAGGGGAAAAGCUUUGGGACAGACUGGUCAUGGAAGAGGCCGCGGCAUUGGCGUGAGUAACACCCCUAAGAAAAACUCGUUGAAGCCGUUACAUUGGGUCAAAGUCACUCGAGCAAUGCAAGGGAGUUUAUGGGCUGAUUCUCAAAAGCAGGAUAAUCAAUCAAGGGCCCCUGAAAUUGAUAUGUCUGAACUUGAAAGUUUAUUCUCAGCUGCCUCUGCUUCAGAUGGCAGUAGUGCUAAACUUGGAGGCCGACGAGGUUCUAACAUCAAUAAACCUGAGAAAGUGCAAUUAGUUGAGUUGCGCAGAGCAUAUAAUUGUGAAAUAAUGCUCACAAAAAUAAAAAUCCCUCUGCCCGAUAUGAUUAAUGCUGUACUAGCAUUGGAUUCUUCAGCUCUUGAUAUUGAUCAGGUGGAGAAUCUGAUUAAAUUUUGUCCCACUAAGGAAGAUAUGGAACUGCUAAAGAAUUAUACAGGUGACAAGGCAAUGCUUGGAAAGUGUGAACAGUUUUUCCUAGAGUUGAUGAAGGUUCCACGAGUAGAAUCAAAAUUGCGAGUAUUUGCAUUUAGAAUCACCUUUUCUUCUCAGGUGGAUGACUUAAGGUCUAACCUGAGCAUUAUUAAUAAUGCGACCAGAGAGGUAAAAGAAUCUGCAAAAUUGCGUCAGAUAAUGCAGACAAUUCUCACAUUGGGAAAUGCUUUGAAUCAAGGCACUGCACGAGGAUCUGCGGUGGGAUUCAAAUUGGAUAGCCUCCUUAAAUUAUCUGAUACGCGUGCAAGAAACAACAAAAUGACUUUAAUGCAUUAUCUAUGCAAGCUUCUAUCGGAGAAAAUGCCAGAGUUGCUGGAUUUUGAUAAAGAUCUUGUUCAUUUAGAAGCUGCUUCUAAGAUUCAAUUGAAAAAUCUUGCUGAAGAAAUGCAAGCUGUGAGUAAGGGUCUUGAAAAGGUUGAGCAAGAACUCACCGCUUCAGAUAAUGAUGGUGAUAUCUCUUUGGGCUUUCAGAAGGUGUUGAAGAAUUUCCUUGAUACGGCUGAAGCUGAAGUGAGGUCACUUAUCUCCUUGUAUUCUGAAGUGGGAAGAAGUGCGGAUUCAUUAUCCCAAUACUUCGGAGAGGAUCCUGCACGAUGUCCUUUUGAACAAGUGACUCAGAUAUUGGUUGUUUUCGUUAAGAUGUUUAAAAAGUCGCGAGAGGAGAACGAGAAGCUGGCUGAUGCCGAGAAAAAGAAAUUGGAGAAGGAAGCCAUCAAAGAACGAGCAGCGGCAAAUGUAACUGUAAAGAAGGAUGGGACCGAUACGAAUGAGCCGAAUCUUACUUCUCAUAUCCUGAAUUCUCACAUUCUGAAACACGCUCCGUAAUAGUAAUGAAGCUUUUGCAAUCAAGCAACAAUGGAAGCUGCAUAUUUGACUUGCAGCUGACAAGAAAACAGUUGAAAGCUUUAAUACCACAUUCAGUAAAUAAGCUUCUGGAUAUUUUGGUGGGUAGAGAUGGGCGGGCAUGUGGGUCGGGGUCAUGCUUGAAUAGAAAAAAAAUUUAUUUGCCCAACUUGACCAGCCAAAAAUCCUGUUUUACAAUUUCAAAUGUAUUAAAUAAUUUUUUAAUAUUAAUAUUUGAAGCGCUUAGAGCUUUUUUGUAAUUGAGGCAAGUGUUUUUGCAUCAAAAGCUGUUUUGAAAAUGCAAAAACUCUCUUAGUUUCAAGUUUGUAAAAGAUUAAAAUCUUAGGGUUUUGUCAAUUUCUCUUGAGAUCAGACUGUAAAUUUGCUUUCCCACGAAAAGCAUAUUGUAAAAAAUUCAAAAUUCACACAUGGUGGAAGUACAAAAGAUUUAAUGUUUCA